AUGACUCUUUCAAUUGCCGGUUUUGAAGUAUCCCUGGCACCGACCAUGCGGCCGGAGGAUAGCGCUGCAAGCCAAUCGGCUCCCUUUCGCCCUUCCAAGACAGAGCUUCCCCAAGGAUUCCAGAGGACUGCUAAAAGUGCCUCGUUUCCUGUCACCACGAUCUUCGAACAGGAUGUAGCCAUUCCAAUGCGCGAUGGUGUCAAGCUCUAUUGCGAUAUCUUCCGGCCCAAGGGGAAAUCCAACAUCCCUGCCAUCCUCAUUUGGAGUCCCUAUGGCAAAGGCGGAAAUGGACCUCACGGAUUGCAUAUGAUCGAAGGACGAUUUGGAGUACCCGAGGAGAGGCUAAGUGGGUUUGAGAAGUUCGAAGGACUCGACCCUGCCGACUGGGUGGGCCACGAUUAUGCCGUACUGAACGUUGACCUGCGCGGAUGCUGGAACUCGGAAGGCACUAUUCCCUGGCUGGGGUCUCAGGAUGGCCGCGAUGGCUAUGAUGCAAUUGAGUACGUGGCUCAAACGGAAUGGUGCAGUGGAAAGGUAGCCCUCGCCGGGAAUAGCUGGCUUGCCAUGUCUCAAUGGUUUAUUGCCGCGGAGCAGCCCCCCAGUUUGGCUGCAUUUGCUCCCUGGGAAGGAGCAAAUGAUUUCUACCGGGAUACCCUGUGCCGUGGGGGUACGCCCUACCCGUAUCAGAGGUUCUGGAAAGUCCUGGAGUCGUCUAUGGUAGGUCGAGGACAGGUGGAGGCGAUCACCGAGAUGCUGAACCGGUUUCCUCUGUACAACGAUUAUUGGGAGGACAAACGAGCCCGGCUCCACCGCGUGAAGGCACCAUGCUAUGUGCUUGCGAGCUACUCAACUUCCCUUCACACGAGUGGGUCCAUUGGCGGAUUCAAUGCGUUGGGCUGCGAAACUAAAUGGUUACGGGUGCAUCCGAAGCAGGAGUGGUCCGACUUGUAUUCAGAAGAGAGCACGCAGGAUCUCCGAAGAUUCUUUGACUACUUCACCAAGAAUUUACAAAACGGUUGGCAGAAGACCCCCCGAGUCCGGGUAUCCCUACUGCCCUAUAAUGAGCCUCCAAUUGAAAACAAGCCGUUUUCAGCAUACCCGGUUCCUCAAACAGUAUACCAAAAGCUAUACCUGACCGAGGGAGGCGAGCUGUCUCCCCAGCCACCGUCUUCCGCGUCUACGCUCUCCUACGCGGCCGACUUUGUCCCCACGCAACCCGAUCACAACCCCGAGGAGUUGCAAUUCCACUACCAAUUCCAAAAGCCCACCUGGCUACUCGGUUACAGUAAGGUAGUCCUACACGUCUCCGCCAGUCUCCCGCAGGACCUGGACGUAUUCGUCCAACUCAGGAAGAUGGACCGAUCGGGGGUCAUCCUGCAGCACAUGAACGUUUCCGUAGAGCAGCUGUCGCCGCCAAAGACUAGUCCCGAGGAGGUCAGCAACAGUUGUUUCCUCAAAUAUCUCGGACCCACAGGCGCGCUUCGAGCCACUCAUGCGGGGACCAAGAUCUCGUCCGCAGAUCCCAACGCGUGGCCCGAGUAUCGCCACGACAAAAAGGAAGCCGUCCUUGCCGCGGACGAGGUUCGUCGUCUCGACGUGCCUAUCUGGCCGGCGGGGAUGGUCUUUCAGCCGGGGGAGUCCUUGGUGCUCAAGGUAGCCGGUCACUAUAUGAGUAUGAUGGAGUUUGAAUUGUUGAAUGAUCACCUCGGCUUGCCGAAUAAGGGUCGGCAUACGCUUCACCUGGGGCAAGAUGACUGCAGUCAUCUAGUUGUGCCUCUGGUUGAGCCGUUUUGA